AAUAAAUGUUGAGCAAUGAGCAAGGUGAUAACAAAGCUCACGAGAGUGGAGUGUUGGGUUGCCAUGGUUACAGUGUUUCAUCAUUCCUGUGUACGAGAAGGAAGUCGCCUGUCAGAGAAACUCAACUCGUCCGCUAAAACUUCUUUUGUCAGUAUAACCAGGCUACCAUUAGGUGUGUUGAACUUGAUGCAGUACUGCGCAGACCGAUCGGAGUAUGACAUCACGAAUCUCUCUCGCGGUACUUUGAUGUCAUACGUCGAUCGAUCUGCGCAGCGCUGUAGGAAGUCGAACACACCUAGGCUGCUACAGUAUAAUGAAACGCUCAACUGGAGAAUGACGGCAGAUGCUACACCACCACCUGCAGGUGUCUGUUCGUCGGCUGAAAGUGACAAGGACAUCUACAUUACUCAGUUGAUACACCGACUUGAAACUCUGCACAUGUCUACAGUAAGCACACAACAGGUAUCUUUACAAGCCAGCAUUCCUAAUGCCCAGGAACCAACAACCUGUUGCAGCCAAACAAAAUCAUCUGAAGUGGUGAAGCAACUUAAUACAACCCAGUUAAGGAUGCUUUCGCAUAGAUGGCACAGCCUUGGUCUUCAGCCUCCAAUCCUCAAGAGCAAACAAGAACAAGUAUCUGACCAUCACAAAUCUGAAACCAGACCACCAGUGGAAAACAUACAGGUCACCCUUGUUGUGUCUUCAAGGGAUGACAGAACAGAUGAGACAAAGGGAAUGAGCGAUUCACAUUGUAGCAGUUCAGACACCUGCAACCGUGGACCUCUCGAUGGUAAUGUAAAUGAACAGUGCUCCUUAAAUAACUCCAACCGGAUGUCAGUUGAGUGUGAAGACAGUGACCUCUCCGACCUAGAAAAAGACAAUAUUCCCAUCUCAAAGUGGACAACUCCCGUCAAACUGGACCUAAGGCCAGACUCAUCUGAGAGACAUCUAGAAUUAACAGAGACUGGAGAAGAAGAGCAAGUUUACCCUGAGGUUCUCCCAGUUUUAUUAGAGACUCAGCAAAAGCUGCAUGUAAGCGACCCUUGUUUUACACCUAUGGUGGCACGCUUACUAGAGCUGGAGAAAUUUCAGGCUGCAACUAUACAAAGGGAGCAAGGAAAAGCAGUCAGGUCUCGCCCAACAACUGCCAUAAUACAAAAUGCCAAUCGUCCAAGACAGAUGGAAAGCCCAUCCAGUCGGGUGAGGACUAAAGGAAAUAAUUCAGUUUCAGCAGAUUUAACAAAACUCACCCUUUCGUCAUGCUCUCGUUCACGGUCUAGGCAGCGUACUUGUCCCUUAUCCAAAUCUGAAGUGCGGCAACCGUCUAUUUUACAUAAAAAAGCAAACUCCAGUGCAGUCAAAUUAAGAAAGACUGUAGCCUAUGCUCACAAUACUUCAAAUGCGUUACCAAAAUGCAAUAGUCCAAAUAGUUUCAAAUGCACAAACAAACAUAUGCCAAAGUUAAAUAAGACUAACAUUCCUACUGAAUCUGUGUGUGGGAAAACGUAAUGAAAUUAUUUGGAAUGUGCUUUUAAUUUUUUCAUUGAUGCAGUUUGUAAUAUUUUAUUUUAUGUAAUAUCAAGAAAGCACUUAAAUAUCAAGUUGGUUAAAAGUGAAGCAAAGAAAUCACUAUACACGCCAGACCAAACUUAAACCUGCACAUUAGCACCAAUGGCCAGCAUGUCUGAAGUAUGUGUAAACCACUAAACCACAGGUUUCGACUGUGAUACUUUUUGUGCAAAAGGACUUAUGCUAUAUGUAUGUUUUUGUCAAAUGAUUUUAAACAGACAAUUUCACAGUUUGUAUCAUCAAUUUAUUUAAAAGAAAAAGACAAUUUUGCAAGCCAUUAUUUAUUAUAUAUUUUGAUGUGAUUCUGCUAUACGAACAGUAUUGGCUGUCUUACUGAAUUUACAUUUCACACAAAAUAAACACAUUGUUAUGCUGUG